UUUGAUGGUUUGGAGGGUCCUCAUGCGUGUACUUAUCCCAACAAUGUUCUGCGUUUCACUUUUAAGCGUAAUAAUGACCCACUUCUUGGAUUUGACCUACAUCUCGCUACACAGAAUUAAUUCGAGGUGGGAGAAUGCAAACCAAACAGCACAUCACCAACGUAACCACCUGUACUCAAGACCAGUGAAAUCUUUUAAUGGAAGGAUAUCUUCCAAAGCUCAUAUUGGAGAGGAUAUAAUUAACGAAAUAAUCGCCUCGAUCCCCACUUUCGAUGGAACCAUUGUUAUUUCCAACGAAAAAGCUGAAAAACUGUGUCCUUUUUCUUCGCCUCUGUUAGUUGGCUGGACUGAUGUAUCAUUGGUUGCAUCGGAUAGUCGCAAGGAAAAGGAAAGUACUUUUACAUCGAGGAUGUCAAUCGCUGGAUUAAAACCAGGCGGAAAAUAUAAACCAAGAAAUUGUCAUUCACGAAACAACGUAGCCGUUAUCGUACCCUACCGAUACAGAGGAUUCCAUCUAAAAAUAUUUUUGCGACACAUGCAUCCAUUUCUUCAGCGACAGCAACUUCAAUACGUCGUCUUCUUAGUUGAACAAUCCAAUGGUUCACCAUUUAAUCGCGGAAUGCUUUUGAAUAUUGGAUUUAAAGAAGCUAUGAAACAAGGAUCUUUUCAAUGCUUCAUUUUUCACGAUGUCGAUCUUCUACCUGAAGAUGACCGUAACCCUUAUACGUGUCCAAAAAACGGAAAACCCCGGCAAAUGGCAUACUCAAUAGACAUUUAUGAUUACAGGCCAACACCCAAGGAGCAUUUAGGAGGCGUAAGUGCAUUUACCGUCACCGAUUUUCAGCUCAUUAACGGCUUCUCGAAUUCCUUUUGGGGAUGGGGGAGCGAGGACGAUGAUUUGUACAGACGUUCUCUCCACCAUAAUCUAACAGUAACGCGGAUAACCGACGAUCUACCUUCUUUCAAAAACAUUGUACGUUACAGGAUGAUUGACCAUCGUAAAGAAAAAUCAAAUCCAGAACGGGAUUUGUUACUUGACGGAUGGAGAUAUCGUUUGAUGAGCGACGGGCUCACAACGCUUAGUUAUAAAACAAUCUAUGUAAAGUUAACUCCUCUAUUUACCCACAUUCUUGUGGAUAUCCAACAAGCUUCUUAAACUUUGCUUAAUCACGUACAAAAUUACUGUCAAUUUUAGGCAUAAUGCAAUUUCAAUAAGACAAAUGCAAUGUUUAAUGACAUAGUACUAUUCCAUACCGAUACCUAAAAUAGGUAACUUUCCACAUAUAUCAGUGAUUCAAGUUACUUUUC